AUGCUCGAGUCAGUCUUGGGCGGAUCACAGCUCCCGUCACAGGAGGAGAUGGCCAAAGCAAAGCUUCCCUUGGGCUCCCGGGACAACUGCGCGCAUCUCCUCAUUCCGCUCAACAGGUGCCGGAGUGAGACCUUCUCCAUGCCCUUCAAGUGCGAGGACGAGCGACACAGCUACGAAAAGUGCCAAUACGAAGAGUAUGUCGAAGCUUCACCUAGAUCAAGAAGGCAGUGCUGA